AUGGAGGCGGCGGGGCCGGCGGAGGAGGCGCUGGUGCUGGUGGAGUACGGCUUCGAGUACCGCGCCAAGGACGGCACCUUGGUCUCCAUCAAACCCAACGAGCGCUAUGUGCUGCUCAAACGCACCAACCCGCACUGGUGGCACGUCCGCAGGAGCGGGGACGCCCGGCCCUUCUACAUCCCGGCCCAGUACGUGAAGGAGCUGCCGCCCAUCGCUGCCCCAGCCCCGCUUGACCCCCCGCCAUCGGGACACGCUGCGACAGAGCCGGCCGCGCUCGUCCCUCAGCCCCCGCCAGCCUACGAGUAUCGGUUCAUCGGCGCCGCCGAGCCGGGGGAGCCGGCAGGAGGAUGCCCGGUGCCCAGGAGGGACUCGGUGCUCCAGGAUUCGGUGCCCAGGAAGGACUCGGUGCCCAGGAGGGACUCGAUGCUCCAGAAGGAUUCGGUGCCCAAGAAUGUCUCGGUGCCCAGGAAGGACUCGGUGCUCCAGGAUUCGCUGCCCAGGAAUGUCUCGGUGCCCAGGAAGGACUCGGUGCCCAGGAGAGACUCGGUGCCCCAAAGGGACUCACCACCAUCACUCAGCUCUUUUCGGGUCCCACACCCGGCCGAGCCCGUGAGACCCUCGCACUCCCUGGAUGACCUGGCGCGGGUGACUCCGGCACUUCGCGGUGCCACUGCUGCCAUGGGGACACGCGGGGACCCCCCAGGACACGCUCGGCCGCUCGGGAAGAGCCGCUCCGAGACCCUCUGCGCCCCCGGCAAGGACAGGGACGCGGCCAGGAGGUGGCCGGGGGCCGGCCCCGCGGCUCAGGCACGCACGGAGUCAGAGGAGACACCUGAUCCCAUCUACCUCAACAUCCAGGAGCUGCGGGCAGAGGCCGCCGCCAGCUCGGCCCCAGAGGAGCCCAGCAGCUCCGUGUCGGACUGGGAAACCCACACGGACACGGACAGUGGACAUUUGUUUUAUUACAACCCCGUGACGGGCGAGACCACGUGGGAUUGUCCCUUCGGGCAGGCGGCCGACGGAGUGAGUGCCGGCGCCUCUCCCGCCUCCUCGCUCGCACACAGCCCGGAGCUUCCCGCGUGGGAACAGCACGUGGACCAAGGAAGCGGACAGACUUUUUUCUAUAAUUCGGUGACAGGUGAGACGUCGUGGGACCCCCCCAGCGCAGGAGACACGGGCAGCCCCCGGGAGAGGCUCCCUGGGGGGACGCGGUACGGUCCCAUGGAGCAGAGGCCACCCACUCCAGAAACAGAUUAUCCAGACCUGUCUCCAGAUGAGCUGGAGUGUUAUCCUGAGGAGGACUAUUCACCUGUGGGCUCCUAUGACCAGAGGGCCUCUCUGUGCCUGUCCCCGAGGCGCCCCGAGGAGCUGGGCUCAUCCCCAGGCUGGUACGGGCACAGCCACCCCGAGGGACUCGUGUUCUACCCCGAGCACUUCGCCCCUGACACGGUGCCGUCCCGCCACGAGCGGGCCAGCAGCGGCUCCAGCCAGGACAGCGGGCUCUCCGCCUGGCACAGCCCCGUGUCACCAGCCCCAGGCAGCAGGGAGGAGAAGUUUAAAAGCCUCGAAAAAGCCGGGGUGCUCAACAGGACCAAGACAGUGGACAGAGGGAAGCGGCUCCGGAAGAACUGGAGCUCCUCCUGGACAGUGCUGGAAGGGGGAAUCCUCACCUUCUUCAAGGACUCCAAGCACUCAGCUGCCAGUGCCUUGAGGCACCCCAGCACCCUGACCACCCCCGAGCACACAGUGAAGCUGCGCGGGGCCACCCUCACCUGGGCCGGCAGGGACAAGUCCAGCAAGAAGAACGUCCUGGAGCUGAGGACGCGGGAGGGCUCGGAAUUCCUCAUCCAGCACGACUCGGAGCAGAUCAUCACCGCCUGGCACAAGGCCAUCGCCGACAGCAUCGGCCGCAGGGGCUCCGACAUCUCCGCAGAGGACGAGGCCGAAAUUCGGGCUGAGUUCGGCUCCCGGGAGAAGCUGGGGGGCGGCGAGGAGCGGAGGGCAGCGGCAGGACAGGCGACGGGCAGUGCCGAGAGUGACACCAACCGGGUCCGGAACAAACUCCGCAAGUUCCUGCAGAGGCGGCCGACGAUGCAGUCCCUGCGGGAGAGGGGCUACAUCAAGGACCAGGUUUUUGGCUGCUCGCUGCUGGCACUGUGCGAGCGGGAGCGAGGGACGGUGCCGCGCUUUGUCCUGCAGUGCAUCUGGACCGUGGAGAGGAGAGGUCUGGACAUUGAUGGGCUGUACCGGGUCAGCGGCAACCUGGCCACCAUCCAGAAGCUGCGCUACAAGGUGGAGCAUGACGAGCAGCUGGACCUGGAUGACGGGCGCUGGGAGGACAUCCACGUUGUCACCGGGGCACUGAAGCUCUUCCUGCGGGAGCUGCCAGAGCCACUCGUACCCUUCAGCCACUUCGACAAGUUCAUCGCUGCCAUCAAGAUCCAGGACCUGUCCCUGCGGGGCCAAUGCAUCCGGGACCUGGUGCUGUCCCUGCCACCCGCCCACCAUGACACCAUGAAGGUCCUUUUCCGCCACCUCUGCAGGGUGGUGGAGCACAAGGAGGAGAACCGCAUGUCGGUGCAGAGCGUCGCCAUCGUCUUCGGCCCCACGCUGCUGCGGCCGGCCAGCGAGGAGAGCAACAUGGCCAUGCACAUGGUCUUCCAGAACCAGGUGGUGGAGCACAUCCUCAACCACUAUGGAUACAUCUUCCCUGAUGGAUAAACCCUGGGGACACGUGCAGGCACGAGCCUGGCAGUGGGGACUUGAUGGAGCAGCGUCUCCAGGAAGGACUUGGCCACGUGUCACCUCGGUGGUGGCUUCAUGGAGGGCAGCGCAGUGACCCGGCUCAAGGGAGGGGCACCUGAGGGGAUCCUCCUUGGCCACCCCAUCCCACUGGGGCUGGAUGUGAGGGGGGCUCUGGGGGUCCCCAUGGUCA